AUUAAAUAGCAAUUUUUACAAUUCAUUUAAAUUAAUUAAGUAAAUCAUGAAAUUGUUGAUAUUGGCCGCUAUCCUAGUGGUUGCAGUUACUGCUAUACCACUGACUAACAAUGAGAUUGAACGGGAAUGGCAAUCAUUUAAGGAUCAAUUUCGUAGCAAUAAAGCACUUUAUGUUAACGAAGCCGAGGAAACCUAUCGACGAUCAGUAUUUAAGGCCAAUUAUCAACAAAUAGUGAAACACAAUGAAGAGGCAGACAAUGGUCAGCACACAUACUGGUUGGGUGUCAAUCAGUUCUCAGAUUUGACUGACAAAGAGUUUGAACAAAUGAUGUUAAGCCCAAUGACACCAUUGGAUAGAUCUAACAUAAAGAUCCAAGAAAUUAAAUCGGAUAACGUAUUGGCUUCAACACUAGAUUAUCGAACAAAAGGAAUGGUAGCCAGAGUUAAAAACCAGGGACAGUGUGGCAGUUGUUGGGCAUUUGCAGCAGUGGCCGCAACUGAGGGACAAUACGCCAAAAAAUACGAUCGAAUACAAGAAUUAUCUGAACAAAAUCUGGUCGAUUGUACGAAAGGUACGAGUUGUACGACAGGAGGCAACUAUGCCAUGGCUUACCAGCAAGUGAUCAAUGAGGGCGGCUUAGAGACUGAAGAGGACUAUCCGUACACAAGUGGAAGCGGUACUUCCGGGUCGUGUAAAUUCACUAAAUCUAAGUCUGCCGUAACCAUUGAGAAUGCUUAUGGCACACAACCGCACGACGCCGACCAACUACAACAGGCCCUCUCAGAUAUCGGACCCUUGGCUGUCGUGAUGAACGCUUCGGGACCCAACUUCAGAGGUUAUAGUAGAGGUGUAUACAGCAAUUCGGGUUGCCUGAGCGGUGACACACAAAUUAACCAUGGUGUUACUGUUGUCGGUUAUGGUACUGAAGAUGGUAUGGACUAUUGGUUGGUGAAAAACUCAUGGGCUACCAGUUGGGGUGACCAGGGAUACUUUAAAAUUCAAAGAGGUGUCAACCGAUGCGGUAUUGAAAUCCAAGGUGUUUGGCCAACUGGUGUCACCAAAGCUUAAAUUUAUGCAUUUAUAUGAAACAUCAUAUUAUAUCAUAUAGUAAAUUGUAUUAUUUGUAUA